GCCCAGGCCUUAUAUAUGCAGCCUGGUGUUGUUUGUGAGUACACACACUUGACAGAGACCCAGCUCAAGCCCCCACCAGGCAACCCCACCAUGAGAGAAUUCAAGAGCAAGAACUUCUGGAGGGCCGUGCUGGCCGAGCUGGUCGGCAUGACCUUCUUCAUCUUCCUCAGCCUCUCUGCGGCCAUUGGGAACAAGACCAACGCCAACCCAGACCAGGAGGUGAAGGUGUCGCUGGCGUUCGGCCUGGCCAUCGCCACGCUGGCCCAGAGUUUGGGCCACAUCAGCGGGGCCCACCUGAACCCCGCCGUCACCCUGGGGAUGCUCGUCAGCUGCCAGAUCAGCGCCCUCAAGGCCGUCAUGUACAUCAUUGCUCAGAUGCUCGGGUCGGCGCUGGCCAGCGGCAUCGUCUACGGCACCCGUCCGAGCGGCAACGACAGACUGGGCCUGAACACCCUUUCUGCUGGUGUGACUCCCAGCCAAGGCGUGGGCAUCGAGCUCCUGGCAACCUUCCAGCUGGUGCUGUGUGUCCUUGCAGUCACUGAUAAAAGGCGGCGUGAUGUCACCGGCUCCGCGCCCCUGGCCAUCGGCCUCUCUGUGUGCCUGGGACACCUGGCAGCUAUCAGCUACACGGGCUGCGGCAUCAACCCCGCUCGCUCCUUUGGGCCCGCUUUGAUCCUGAGCGAAUUUGACAGCCACUGGGUGUACUGGGUGGGGCCCGUGUGCGGCGGCAUCGCGGCCGCCCUCAUCUACGACUUCCUGCUCGCCCCCAAGUUCGACGACUUCCCCGAGCGCAUGAAGGUGCUGCUCAGCGGCCCCGUGGGCGACUACGACGUCAACGGCGGCAACGACACCACGACCGUGGAGAUGACGUCGAAAUAACCCGGCCGCCCGGCGGCGGCGCGCAUGUGUAUACGCCUGUACAAUGAAAAGCAAAAGCAAGCUCCUAGGUUUAGUGAAGGAUGUCGGCUCCUGCGCUUUCGGUGGGUCAGUUAGUGCCUAUGCUAAUUCACUCCUUUGUUUGACCUCAUGCACAAUUGUUAUCCAAAAUGCUGCUCACACACAGGGGUCAGUGUGGCGCCCGGCGUGACGGAGCAGUGUGUCUUAUGUCAGUAUUGUUUGUUGAGCCAUUAUUGUGUAUACGUGUUUCUAUCACUUGUUAUUUCUAGGUUUUAUAUUAUAUGUACACUUUUUUAAGUAAAUAAACAAUGUUGUUGACAA